AUGAAAGAAUCUCAUUUAUUCGGUCCUGACCUGUAUCUCGAUGAUGUAACACAAAAAGUCAUCCAGAACGACUUUAUCAGUCAAGAUACUCUGAAUGAGGCUAUCUACGGGGAAGCUGCUACUGUCUUUCAAUGCUCCAUUGGUAACCAUCUUUUAGAAGGUCCAGUUACAAAUCAUUGUGGUCAUACUUUCUGUAAAUUAUGUCUUUUACAAUACAAGAUCACCCAUGAUUCAUGCAAUAAGUGCCAAAAGAGAUUACCUUCCUACCAAUUCAUUCACAACCAACCACUCAAUUUCCUUCUCAAUAACCUCCUCAGCAUCUUUUCUAAUAUUCGUCCAUACAACAACAUUGAAAUCGCUCGUCCCAAUCAGAUAUCCAACGUUUCCAUCUCCUUCUUGGACUUGAAUCACGUUACCUAUCAAAAUAUACCCAUUUAUUUAUCCGAUUUCGCUGUCUUGCCCUCUCAAAAGCUUCGUAUUCCCAUCUAUACCCAACAAAACAGAACUUUUUUUCAAAACGCCUUGAUCGCAUGCAAAGAGUAUCAAUGUCUUUGUGUAGGCAUUCUAAGCAAAGACAAGUCGAACAAGAAGGGUAAAUUCGGCACCAUCGUUAAAAUUACCUCCAUCGAACAACGCGCGAACGAUAUGCUGGUUGAUGUCAUUGGUAUGGACAGGUUUAAGGUCCUUAGCGUCAAUCAAGAAACAGACGAUUUCCUUUCAGCUGACCUCGAGAUGCAAUUUGAGAACGAACAGGACCUGGAACGCGUCAUGUCUACACAGAAUCAUUGGACCGAAAAGCGACAUAUCAUCAAAUUAUCAAAUAACGUUCAUGAUUUUAUUAGUGAACUUGCCCAUAGCACGCCUUCCACAUCCUUUUGUAGUGCGGUAGAAGGUCUCUUGGGCCCCGUCUGGUUAGACUCUGUACAAGGACUUCAUGGUCCUUUGCCAUCGGGUGAUCAUCCUGUAGCCAUGUGUUGGUGGGCCGCUGUUGUCUUACCCGUGAGUAACACAGACCGAUAUCUUUUACUGGAAACACCCGCCUUGGAAGAACGCUUGACCAUCAUUUUAAGUUGGAUUCACGAUCUGAAAUCACAAUGGGGUAACUGUCGACGUACAGCUGUUAAUUCUGUUGCCAAAGUUGGCAAAUAA